GGUUUCUCUCUGUCUCCAGCGGGACAGGCUAUACAGACAAGCCUGGUGUCCACAUGGAUUUUGUAUGUUGCGCAGUUUAAAAGUGAAGGGUGUGUGGAGACAAAUGAAUUCGGUUCAGUCAGUCGUCCUGAUAAGCCCUUCCGAUAAAGUUUAGCAACAGACGCAGCAUGGCACUAGUUCAAACUUGUAAAAGAAAGUGAUGUUUAUUUCGAUGGCCGACGGAGAAAUUACUUGUAGUAUUGGUCACCAUCUUCAAUUUGUUCCAUCUCACUUGAUUUUAUUACGAGUAGGAUAGCAGCCUACACGAUAAAUAACUUGUAAUAGUGGUAGUAACUGUCGGGAUGUCACCGUGAUACAGUCUACACUGCUCAAUGGGGAGAGUUUGCGCGGCAAGCCGACAUCACAACAUUUUUAUUUAAUUUAACAAGGAAAGUCUGUUAAGAACAAAUUAUUAUUUACAAUGACGGCCUACCCCGGCCAAACCUGGACGACGCUGGGCCAAUUGUGCGCCGCUCUAUUGGACUCCUAAUCACCGCCGGAUGUGAUACAACAGGGGCCACAUCAGUGUCAUCGCUCCUGCUGGAGGUGGAAGUAGAUAGAUAUAGUGUAGCCAAUAUCAGGUCAGGGUGAAAGCUAAAGCACAUUCAUUGUAGUGGUUUUCGCCGAAAAUGUACAACUAUGGCAUUAAUGUCGGUCUAAAGAGACAUUUAUAUCUAAAUAAAUAAAUAACACUAUUAGUCCGGUAGAACGGAAUGAUUCUGAACACUCCCACGUCCCAACUUCGACAGACACGUUUCAAAUGAUCACUGACAUUUCUAGACAAAAACAUAAAUCCGCUAACUGAGAAUCAGGAUGACUGACUGAACCGAAUCCGUUUGUCUCCACUCGACUCUCAACUGCGCUCCAAACGUCAUCAAUUUAGGCACCCGGCGUACGCGUAUAACCUCUCCCGUCGCGGGCUGAACCACCUGGUUUUCUGAAUGAAACCGUAGCUCGCCUCCCGCUAUAAAUAGAACUGACAGGGCUUGACGUCACCAUGGAAGCCGCAUCACGUCGUUUUGUUCCGUGCUGUUGUGGCUGCAGAUUAUUUUUUCCCCCGAAGCGCUUUCGGAUGGGGACGGACGGAGUACUUCUGAAGGCAGCCCGAACAAUCAAGCUAGAUACAUAGUAGUGGUUAUUGUUACAUUGGGAGAAAAGGAUUAACGUUCAACAAGCUGGGCCGUGAUACCAGUUACGAAAUGAUCUUGCAGUAUUUGCCUAGCUAGCGGCGAGCGAUUCUUAUUUGUACAGGAGCCAUCGAGCUACCUGCAAUUAUUGAAUCGCACUCUGAACUCCUGCCUGUAGUUUUGGUUGACCAGAUCACACUCACUCAGCCCUAGAGAACGGGCCCUGAACAAUAGUAUGGACUACGAGAGACCCAAUGUUGAGACCAUUAAGUGUGUUGUGGUGGGGGACAACGCCGUAGGGAAGACACGGCUGAUCUGUGCUCGGGCCUGCAACACCACUCUGAACCAGUACCAACUACUGGCCACACACGUCCCUACGGUCUGGGCUAUAGACCAGUACAGAGUGUGUCAAGAGGUGUUGGAGCGCUCCAGGGAUGUGGUAGAUGAGGUCAGUGUGUCUCUCAGGCUGUGGGACACCUUUGGCGAUCAUCAUAAAGACAGACGCUUCGCAUACGGAAGGUCAGACGUGGUUGUGCUGUGUUUCUCCAUCGCCAACCCCAACUCUCUGCAUCACGUCAAGACCAUGUGGCACAUGGAGAUCAAGCACUUUUGUCCCAGGACGCCUGUCAUCCUGGUGGGUUGUCAGCUGGACCUGCGUUACGCUGAUCUGGAGGCCGUCAACAGGGCCAGGAGGCCACUAGCCAGGCCGAUAAAGCCCGGAGACAUCCUUCCUCCAGAGAGUGGCCGGGAGGUGGCCAAGGAGCUGGGCAUCUCCUACUAUGAGACCAGUGUGUUCGACCAGUUUGGUAUCAAGGACAUCUUCGACAAUGCCAUUCGAGCCGCGCUCAUCUCCCGUCGACACCUGCAGUUCUGGAAGUCCCACCUCCGGAAGGUCCAGAAGCCCCUCCUCCAGGCGCCCUUCCUGCCACCCAAAGCACCGCCCCCUCUCAUCAAGAUUCCAGAGUGUGUCAUCAACAACGGGGAGGGUCCUGGCCUCCUAUUGGACAGUCCUCUUUGUGCUGACGUCAUGUUCAUCCUCCAGGACCACAUCCACCUCUUCGCCCACAAGAUCUACCUCUCUACCUCCUCCUCCAAGUUUUAUGACCUGUUCCAGAUGGACUUCAGUGACGAGUCCCAGUGCCUGGUGGUGACGGAGCGGCAUGCCCGGGACUCUCUCCUCAGGACCCUUAGUCUGGACACAGAGGAGGACGUGGCUGUGCUCCCCAACCUCUCCCCCUGCUCCCUCCGGGCCUCUAAGAGUGACGGCACCCUGAAGAUGAUGAGCUUCUCUGGUAAGCACCGGCGCACCAAGCUGUCCUUGGCCUCCUGGAGCAAGGCCUUCUACAGCAUCCACAAGGAGAGUGUGACCAACCCUGUGACGGGCUCCCCGGCUCACAUGACGGUGGUGAAGAUGGACUACUCCAUCCAGCUGGGUCCGUUCAGUGCCGUGUUGAGGUUCCUCUACACUGGGGAGCUGGAUGAAGAGGAGCGGGAUCUGAUGAAGAUCGCCCAGAUCGCAGAGGUCCUGGAGGUGUUUGACCUGAGGAUGAUGGUGGAGAACAUCAUGAACCAUGAAGGCUUCAUGAACCAGGAGAUCACCAAGGCCUUCCACGUCAGGAAAUCCAACCGCAUCAAGGAGUGUCUCAACAAGAACACCUUCACAGAUGUCACCUUCAGGUUGGAGGAUGGAACCAUCAAUGCUCACAGACCUCUGCUCAUCUCCUCCUGUGAUUGGAUGGCUGCUGUGUUCGGAGGAUCCUUCAUGGAGAGUGCUAACAACGAGGUCUCGUUCCCAGGCACCAGCAGGGUGUGUAUGCAGGCUGUUCUGGAGUAUCUCUACACCAAUCAGCUUUGUCCCAUGGCAGAGCUGGACCCUAUGGAGUUGACGGCCCUGGCUAACAGACUCUGUCUCCCCAGACUGACUGCUCUGACAGAACACUAUGCUGUGAGUGAGCUGGUGAAAGCCUCCAAAGAUGGACAGGAUAUAGACGGCGAAGUACUCACCUAUCUGGAACUGGCUCAGUUCCAUAAUGCUAACCAGUUAGCAGCUUGGUGCUUACAUCACAUCUGCACUCACUACAACAAUGUCUGUGCCAACUAUCGCAAAGAGAUCAAGGCCAAAUCUGCAGAGAACCAGGAAUAUUUUGAGAAGCACCGCUGGCCCCCAGUGUGGUACCUGAAGGAGGAGGACCACUACCAGCGGGUGAGGAAGGAGAGGGAGAAAGAGGACGUGGUUCUCAACAAACACCACAGCAGACGACGUUGGUGCUUCUGGAGCACCUCCCCUGCCGUGGCCUGAGAAGUCUGAGAAGGGUCUGCCUAGCCCCAAACCGCCCAGGGAAUCUGCCUCCUGCCCCGUGCUCCAGCUUCUAACCCUGCACCCCGCAAAGAGGUCCCAACAACACACGCUGUACCAAUGUUUUACUGCUAGAUCAUCUGAGCAUCAAAACAGGAAAUAACUAUCUGACGAUGCACUGUCAUGUGCCACCCUCUUCUCUUGAUGAACUGUCAGGUCCUACCCUCUUCUCUUGAUGAACUGUCAGGCCCCACCCUCUUCUCUUGAUGAACUUUCAGGCCCUACCCUCUUCUAAUGUCAAUACACUGUCUGGUCCUACCCUCUUCUCUUGAUGAUACUCUGUCUGGCCCUACCCUCUUGAUGAUACACUGUCAGGCCCUACCCUCUUGAUGAUACACUGUCAGGCCCUACCCUCUUCUCUUGAUACACUGUCUGGGCCUACCCUCUUCUAUUGAUGAACUGUCAGGCCCCACCCUCUUCUCUUGAUGAACUUUCAGGCCCUACCCUCUUCUCUUGAUGCACUGUCAGGUCCUACCCUCUUCUCUUGAUGCACUGUCAGGCCCCACCCUCUUCUCUUGAUGAACUUUCAGGCCCUACCCUCUUCUCUUGAUGCACUGUCAGGUCCUACCCUAUUCUAUUGUCAAUACACUGUCUGGUCCUACCCUCUUCUCUUGAUGAUACACUGUCUGGCCCUACCCUCUUGAUGAUACACUGUCAGGCCCUACCCUCUUCUUUCGAUGACACACUGUCUGGCCCUACCCUCUUCUCUUGAUGAUACACUGUCAGGUCCAACCCUCUUCUCUUGAUGAUACACUGUCAGGUCCAACCCUCUUGAUGAUACACUGUCUGGGCCUACCCUCUUCUAUUGAUGAACUGUCAGGCCCUACCCUCUUGAUACACUUUCAGGCCCUACCCUCUUGAUGAUACACUGUCAGGUCCAACCCUCUUCUCUUGGUGAUACACUGUCAGGUCCAACCCUCUUCUCUUGGUGAUACACUGUCAGGUCCAACCCUCUUCUCUUGGUGAUACACUGUCUGGCCCUACCCUCUUGAUGAUACACUGUCUGGCCCUACCCUCUUGAUGAUACACUGUCUGGCCCUACCCUCUUGAUGAUACACUGUCUGGCCCUACCCUCUUGAUGAUACACUGUCUGGCCCUACCCUCUUGAUGAUACACUGUCUGGCCCUACCCUCUUCGCUUGGGUCCACAUGAAUAACCUCCACAUGGCAGGGCUCUACAGAGGGUACAUUUUACUUACAUUUUGCGCCUAAAUAUUUUGCUGUGCAACCUGGAAUUUGAAUUUAGGAGCACCAGUGCACCUAUAAAAAUGAAGUAUUCUAGCUACAUUGUUCAACCUGUCAACGUAGUGUGGUAUGUGCUUUCUGUUAGACAGGUAACAUUAUGGAUGUAAAUUGUGAUUGUUGAUGUUAGCUGCAGCCACCGACACCAGCCCUGGAUCUAAGUCUGAAUCAUAAAUUAUGCAAAAAUAACUCUGAACCUGAUUAAACACAGGACCUGUUCAUAGACGGUGCUUCAUGCAGCAUAUCAACAACAACAACGUUGAAAGUACGUCUUGUGCUCACUGGGAUACCGAUACAGCUCCAGGGAUAAACAGAGCUCCUGAUUGAAUCGAUCCCCAGGUCGGUAUGUUGAACCCAGCUGGACGUGUUUCUCUGUAUUCUGAAACACCUGUUCCUUUACCCACCUGGUGAUGGUAAAGGGGAAACUCUAUACUUGAAAUCAAUGUGUUUUUAUUCAUCAGCUGUAUAGUAGGCUUUCUUUAGUUAACCAAAGCCAUAACUAGUCAGUUUAUCAUAUUUUAAUAUAUAUACCAUGUGAUUAUUUAUUUGUUGGUGAUAUUUACUAUAGAAACCAAGUGGCUGGUUCUCUUGGUUCCUGCUGUCAAAGGUCUUUGAUCUAGCUGCUCAUCAUCCUUCAUCUUCUUUAUAACCAAGUGGCUGGUUCUCUUGGUUCCUGCUGUCAAAGGUCUUUGAUCUGGCUGCUCAUCAUCCUUCAUCUUCUUUAUAACCAAGUGGCUGGUUCUCUUGGUUCCUGCUGUCAAAGGUCUUUGAUCUGGCUGCUCAUCAUCCUUCAUCUUCUUUUUCUUAUUUAAAGGGAAUGUUGUUGAAUAAAUUAUUUGACUUAAUUGCUUUAUUCUAGUUUUCCUUUGAAGUGCCCAGUGUAUAUCCUAGGGUCUGGACUGUUGGUCUAAAGGUUAAUGCAGACAAUAUGUACUGUUUCAAUCCUCAUACUGAGACGAGCCUGAGUGCCAGUCUGUUCCUGCUAAUAUGUUUGGGUUGACAAUUCCAUAAGGAGUUGGCAAGAGAGCAGAAAUGUUUGUUUCACAUACCUGUCAAUAAUACUAUAUGAAUCAAAUUCAGAUGUAAUGUUUGUUUCACCUAUUAAUAAUGCUAUUGUAAUCAUGGGUUUAUGCUUUUGAGUGGAGCACCAUCAGCUGAACCCGUCAUGUAGAACAAGUUAUUCAACUGAUUAGAGUUCAGUACAACACUAUUAUAUAGAAGGAUAUGUUGCUGUUAUGAAAGUGUAAACAUCAGAGGGAGAGAAAGGUUUGGCAACAACCACUCAGCCUCACUCUGUCAGGAGAGGAGGGGAGGGGAGCAGAGCAGCCUGUACCCAAGCUGUCACUCAGCCUCACUCUGUCAGGAGAGGAGGGGAGGGGAGCAGAGCAGCCUGUACCCAAGCUGUCACUCAGCCUCACUCUGUCAGGAGGGGAGGGGAGCAGAGCAGCCUGUACCCAAGCUGUCACUCAGCCUCACUCUGUCAGGAGAGGAGAGGAGGGGAGCAGAGCAGCCUGUACCCAAGCUGUCACUGAGGAGCCAGACCAACACUGUAUACAUAACAGCUUUGGAACACAAUGUCACAUUCUAUUAUUAGUAAUGAUCAUCAUUAUAUUGCCUGGUGAUUCUAUAACCAAUGUCAACAUGAGUGUAUUAUAAUCAACCUACAAUAAAAGUAAGUUGUAGUUCCAGUA